AUGACGUCCGUAAGAAAGAGAAAGAUGGCCAGAUCCUCGGUCAAGAAAAACACCAGAAGAUUGAAGGACAAGCAAAGAAAUAUAAAUAUCGCAACCAACCCCAUCAUACAAGCCAACUGGGACAAGUCCUUGACCUUACAACAGAAUUACAAGAGAUUAGGAUUGAGAGCAAAGUUGGGAAGCUUGGCUGGAGGUGCUGAGAAGCCUGUGGAAACACUCACCGAAAUAAGGGCCAAGAGAGCCGCAGAUCAGAAGGUAUCUGUUGCUGACAUCGAAAACACCGAAGACCCAGCACAAAUUCCGGAAGGAGAGGCCAGAAUAAUCAGAGACAAAGAAACCGGAGAAGUCACCAAGGUCAUAUAUGGUACCAUGAAGGUUGUACCCACCGAGGAGCUCGAAAACGAACCUGAAAACCCUUCUGUCAUCAGACAGUUGGAAGAAUAUUCCAACAAGCAUGCCCAAAUCGUCAAGGAAAGAACCAUCUCCGAAAGAGAGGCAGAAUGGUGCAAGAGUCUUUACGAGAAGCAUGGCGAUGACUUCCAGAAGAUGAUGUGGGACAAGAAGUUGAACCCCAACCAACAAACCGUGGCAGAUAUAAGACGCAGGGUGCUCAAGUGGAAGAAGACCAACGGUAUCUAA